CAAAACUUUCAAACCCCUUCUCAACCAGUAAUUCAAUCCCAGUUACAAAAAAACGUAUCUCCACCUUUACCCCCUGGUCAUGAGUAUCGACUUGAGAAAUUUCAUAUGAAUAAUUUUGUGGAUGACCAAGCAAGACAGAUGGGAAUUGGAAUAACUCCUACCCCAUUAAGCAAAUUACCACCUGGAGGGAAAAUAAUUCGUUCAAAGUCUGAAAAAGCCAAAGCCUUACAAGAAAUAAUGGAUUAUGUCAGAUUGGUUCUUGAUAUAGAAGAUGAAAGACCUUACAAUCCAAUGGAAAUUGAUCUUGCUAUUGUUAAUAUUGCAAGAAGGAUUGGAGAAAAUACUACUAUUCCUACUACAAAUAUAGUUGUUAGAUCCAAAAAUAAACGAGUAAACUUGGUUACCUAUAAAGAAGCAACAGAAGAUCCUAAUAAUGUGGAAGAGGAAGUUUAUGAAGAGAUAGUUUAUGAGGAUAAGGAUAAUGAAAAUGUCGAGUAUGUAGAAGUUGAAGAUAGACCUAAAGAGACACUUUGCAAUAAUUCCACUGUAGCUAUGAAUCUU